GUGAGAACAGGGACUGGUAAAGGCACAUAUGUUCUGCACCCUGGUGGAUUGCAUGGUGAAAUGAGACUGCACUGGAUGUGCUGCAGUGCACUAGUGUGCUUUAUUACUGCAUUGUGUCAAAGUGGGCGUGCAAGAGUGUUUGAAGAACUUUUGUUCUCUUCUUUUAUGCUCUCUUCUCUAUAGCUUGAAGCGCUGAAUCAGCAGAAGCUUCCAGCAUAAUGAAAGCCACUGACCCAAUCUCUCUCUUUAAGGGAGACCGAGGAGUGAAAACAUGAGAUAUGCGUCGCAGAGACUGGUUGCCAUGGCCCGGUGAGGCUCAGAGACGAGAAGAAAAGAGGGCCGAAGCCAGACUGGCGGAGGAUCUGCAGAGACUCGACCAAGCUAAACAUUACCACCUCAACACACUGAACAGAGAGCAGCGCAGACUACACAGAGAGCUCAUCUCAGUCAAAACAGGUAAUCCCUGGAAAAGAGGACUCCACAGUUUAGGGCUACGACCCUCCAACCAUGAUGUUGGGCGGCCUGGUGCGUCCUACAAGAGGACCCUAUUACCCAUCAUCCCACUGGCAGGCAAGGAGGCAGAUAGGUCCUCCUCUCUGCAGGCUCGUGUUCAGGAGUUUAUCAGCAGUGGGGAGAAAAGCGCAGAACACUCUGAGACUCUCUGCCUACCGGACCUUAAAUGGCAGACUGUCACAUCUCUGACUGCUGCAUGUACAAAUACAGAAAGAGAGGAGAGCAAGGAGAGACAGGUGGAUAGAGAGAGGGAGGCACACAUGGAGGUAGUGAGAGACAGAGAAAAAGACAGCCAGAAAGAGAGAGAGUGGAUGCUGUUAAGGGAACGAGAGAAAGAUAAUGAAAGAGGAGCUGAGAUAAAUGGGAAUAGGUGUCCAUCCUCUCCUAUUUUAUUCCCCUCUGAGAUGUUAGCUCCUGAUGGACAUUUAAGAACAGUUCACACAUUACCAAACUUUGCACAGGCUCUGACCGAAGCAAGAAAAGCAAGAUACAUCAGACACAGAGGACACCCCUUGUGUGAGCGAGAACUCACCAUACGAGAGAUAUUUUCCCAGGAUUCAAGAGAUAUAGUCACUCUGUGAGACACAAAAACAGUGGUUCUCAACUGGUUUUGCUUCAAGAUCAGAUUUUUCAUUGGACAGCAUUUUCGACCAAACAUAGUGCCAUAAUUGAGCCCGUUGACAUCCCAAGGCGUCAUAUACGACGCUUUUGCCAAAGC